AUGAAAUGUUAUGUUCUUCUUACCCAUCAUAUUCAACAUAUCGAAACUACUAGAAAUGCUAGAGAAUUUGUUCGAGUUUAUAUUGGAGCCUCACCUUUUUUGAUAAAGACAAUUUAUUAUUUGAACCAGCAUUUACAUCCGACCCAAUUGGAACUUAUGCUUGCUGUUAUUGCUUACAACAAAGUCUUAACCACACAAGCCGCUCAUGUGCCAAACUUUCAUGGAGGUCUAUCAUUUGGUGAAUCGAAUUCAACCUUCUAA